CAGGUUGAGGUGGAAAUAAAAUGUACUAGUUCAUGAACCGAGGAAUCCUAAACGCAGUAGUAAAUAAAAGAAAAGAAAAGACACAGGCCAGACUCCAUAACCCUCCUCUCAAACAAAAGGAAAAAUAAAAGAACACAACCCAUCAGCUGGUAGUUAUGCAAGAAGACGGCGCUGUGUUUGGCAUUGGGCAAUUCCAGGUGGGGAGUGGGAUGAUGGGCGGCAUUGAAGUGGUUUGUGAAGAGGGAGGAAGUAGAAGGAGGAGGAAGGACAGAUCUGGAGGUGGACUUCCAGGAGGAGGUGGUCCCUGGAUCACGGAGGAGGCAAGCAGCUUUUCGGAUUUGGGUAAGCUCCUUCUUCAAGUGGAGGGAGGUUGGAUCAGACAUGGCUGCCUGCCUGUUUGCUGCAGUUAAUUUGCACAAGGAAGGAAGGAAAGAAGAGGGUUUUACAAUUAAUUACAUUUGAUGAUGAGAUGAGAUCUGGUUGAUGGGAUGGGGAGAGGCAAACAGGAAGAGCUUUAAAUUUUAUUUUUAAUUUUACAGGUUACCCUUCUCUUAUUAUUACUAUACUCAUCGCAGAGCCACGGUCCCAGAGCCUCACUGAGAGUCUGAGACAAUGAACCGAGGAGGAUAAUAAUAA